CAUCAAACUCGAGAGCUCAAAGCAGAGCGUUUCAACUCAGAAUCAAGUACAGUAUUCAACAAGCAAAGAAGCUCAAGCAAACCAUGAACUGCAAAAUUACAGGACCCGUUGUCAUUCUCUGCCUGGCUCUUGCUGCUGUUUCUGAAGGGAUGUCUUUGAAAAGCAUUGGACUGGAGCUUCGUUGUCAGUGCAUUGAAAAAGAAUCCAGGUUCAUCCAUCCUAGGCAGAUCCAGAAUGUAGAACUCUUCCCCAGUGGACCGCACUGCAAGGAUGCUGAAGUCAUUGCUACUAUGAAAUCUGGUCAUCAAAUUUGCUUGGACCCAAAUGCUCGUUGGGUCAAGAUAGUUAUUGAGAGAAUCUUAGAAAGCUCUCAGGUCUGAAGACUGCAGUGGAAAUUGAGAGGAACAGAAAUAAUCUGAAGUCACCCUCACAGAUUACCGAUUUAACCACUUGCUUGUUUAUCAGAGUGUUUAUUUAUGUGUCUAUCAUGUAUUUAUUUGUCAAUGUGCACUGCAAAAUGUACACGUACAUGGAAGACUGAGGGAUGGCAGUAGAGUUCAGACCAGUUUUAGUGUCUGUAUUCAUCAAAAGUUAAAACUCGUAUUGGAAUAUUUCAACAGUUCACAGUAAUGCUAUAAGUAGAAACUUUAGAUCUGUUUGUCUGAAACUAAUACCGUCAAUGUUAGUCAUGUUUUUGUUUAAAUGUGAUUUUUACUAGUAUUUUUUACACCACUCUAAUACCGUAUAUAUUAUACUCUACCAAUACAUCUGUAAAUGGCAAACAGCCAUAUUUCUUUUUGUGUCAAAUGUGAUUGUUCUGAAGUACAUUUAAUUUAUAAACCAACAAAUUAUUUUAUUAAUCAUA